CCUUUCCACCUUCUUCCUUAUUCUCCCUCUCUUCCUGCUUGAAGUCAACGUCGCGCAGUGACGGGGCGCGCUUGUUCGCGACAACACGAGAGCUGCAUCUUGGGUUACUUUUUGAUAUAUAAAUACGUCACGUAAAGGUAGUCCCCGUAAAUCAAAGAAAUCCAAUUAAGAGUUAUCGACGCGAAUCCCUCCCCUCACCGCACCUAUUGCACUUUGAGUAAAUAAUUAAUUCGUGUUUUAUUUCGAGCCCAGAGCUCCACUCGUUAAAAAUGAAAUUCGAGAACUUCGGGGCCAUCAAUAUCCUGCCAGAAGUGGAAUUUUUAUUUACGGGAUAUUGAAUAAUGAACGAUUAAAACUCUGCACUAAUUGAAUAUCGUUUUUCCAACGUUUUCUGUUCUCGUUUCAAGUGUCUGAAUACAGCAUGUGUCACAAAACACGCAACUCGAAAAGUUGGGAGGUGGGCGUCUCCAGAAUGAAGGGAUGCCAGAGUUCGAGGACGAUAGAAAAGAAGUAGUGCUAUCGGAGGAUCAGAUGUCGCCAGCGGACGUUAAACACCGGUGACGAAUUCAUCAUCCUCAAGGAUCAUGGAUAUACAGAAGAAAUUUUUGUGCCCCCGCUUAAUGGACUAUUUGGCCAUUGUGGGGGCGAGACCUUCGCCAGGAUCUCGUCAGCCUGUGCAGGUUCCAGAACUGUUGCGCAGGUAUCCUGUGGAGGAUCACAAAGAUUUUCCUAUGCCCUUGGACAUGGUUUACUUCUGCCAGCCCGAGGGUUGCAGUAGCGUCGGUCCAAAGCGUACUGCUUUAAGGGAGGCAACCUCUUUCACCUUCACCCUGACCGAUAAAGAUUCAGGAAAAACUCGAUAUGGAAUUUGCGUUAAUUUUUAUCGACCGAUCGAACGGGCAAGCAAUUCCGGUAGUGGAGGAGUUUGGGUCCGGAGGGAAAGGAAUGAUCCCAAGCUCCGAAAAGAGAGUUGGCGAAAAAGCAUGGAGAAAAGCUCGGACUCGGCAUUCUCAAGCGAUUAUAGGAGCAGUGUGAUCGGACCAAGCGACUCGGAAAAAGACUGUCCCAGUAGAAGAGACUCGGAUACCCCGGUGACCUCACGAGCCCCUAGAUUAGGAAUCACUGCCCCCAGCGGAGAUAGCGAAAGUGGCGGAAGUCAUUCGCCUUCGCCUCGAGCAUCCCGACGAAGACAGCGGAUACGUAACCACUCGUUGACGUCGCUCUGCAUCAUUUCCCAUCAUCCAUUUUUAACGAGAUUUCGCGAAUGCCUAUUCGCUCUGAAACGAAUAAUCGACGCCUGCAACGAAAAUUCAUCCCCUCAAAAAGUUGGUGCGUCCAGACAAACAAGCAGAGACACUGUUUGGAGCGUGCUGACUGGUCAAGCUUUUGACGCAGCACCAUCAAUCGUGCUUCACGACGUUAGAGAAAUCGAGACCUGGAUUUUGAGAUUACUUAGCGCUCCGGUUCCGGUUCCCGAAAAAACCAGGGUCGAAGUUGACAUUUUGUCACCACAAUUGCAACCGCUGUGCUUCGCCCUGCCCGAUCACACGCGAUUUUCCCUCGUCGAUUUUCCACUCCAUUUGCCACUUGAACUUUUGGGCGUCGACAUGUGUCUCAAAGUUCUUACUCUCAUUCUCCUUGAACACAAGAUUGUUUUACAAUCCCGAGAUUACAACGCUUUAUCGAUGUCUGUGAUGGCCUUCGUCACGAUGAUAUAUCCCCUCGAAUACAUGUUCCCCGCAAUUCCAUUGCUCCCAACAUGCAUGAGUUGCGCGGAACAGUUGUUACUCGCACCCACACCAUUCGUCAUUGGAAUACCAGCCUCGUUCCUGAUGUACAAAAAAAAAUUUAGGAUGCCCGACGAUAUAUGGCUCGUCGAUCUCGAUAGCAAUAAAAUUACUCCACCGACUGGGCUCAACGAUAAUUUGCCCCCCUUACCUGAACCUGAAGGAUCGAUACUCAAAAAUCACCUCAGACAGGCUAUGCAGCUGAUGGAUCAGACGGGCUCUGGUGCAAUGUCGAGCGCGGGAACACCACAGCCUCGCCAAACUCCCAUAAGGAAUACGUCGCCUCAGCCUCCGUCGCUUCAAUCUCCCACGCGACGAGAAAGUUCAUCUUCUCAUCACUCCACUCUAAGCGUAACGAGUACAAAGCAUAGGCCAAGUAUGGAUUUAGGAAGUUACAAUCAACACAGUCCGUUGAGUUCACCGGGUCAAUCAACGGUGUCUAGUCCACGGCGUGCGUCUCGGGCUAGCUUGUCACAUUCGCCACAAAAGCCAUUGGCUCAAGGGUCAUUGCCGUUCAAUCCGUUUAUAUAUGGGAACGACGUGGAUUCUGUGGACGUUGCGACGCGGGUCGCGAUGGUCCGUUUCUUCAACUCGCAAAACUUAUUGGCCAAUUUUACGGAACAUACGCGUACGCUGCGAUUGUAUCCGAGGCCAGUUGUCGCUUUUCAAAUAAAUUCAUUUUUGCACUCGAGGCCAGGACGCGCGAAUCCCUUCCUCGAGGAAUUCGCUCGGACUCAAGCUGUCGAAUUUCUCGCCGAAUGGUGUUUGACCCCGAGCAAUGUCGCCUUUCUACGAGUCCAAACUGGCGUUUUCGACCCCGCACAAAUCGGGGACAAAUGUCGAUGGUUCGCCAACACUCUCGAACCUAUUUGCUUCUCCGUGUGGGACCCGAGCAGCUCCCUCGCUAAUGCACUCAAAUCCGCUGAAGAAAUGGAAAAUCAACCCACCGACGAAAGCGGAUCUGACUCCGAGGGUGCUGAUAGCACCAGCUCUUCCUAUUCAUCCUUGAGUGACUUUGUUUCGGAAAUGGUCUCUUCCGAUCUCUCACCCAGCUAUAACUGUCCCCAAGCGACACUGCCGCAGCCAAUGUCGUUGUCGGUCGAUCCAAAGAACGUUUAUCAUCCACCAAACAGUUUGCAAUAUCCGGGGACUAUCGAGGACCCAUCGAAUCGUCCGGAAAGUCCAGCGAGCACUUCAUCCAGUCACAGUGACUUGAGUAGUCCCAGUUUCAACAGGGAUUCCGAGCUCGAAUUGAACCCUAAAUUGCAGGAAUCGUUGCCGGCCACCAAAGGCGAUAACGAUAAAGAGGAGGGAGGUAGUUUUGAAUCGGACUCUGCAUCGACAACGACAACUCCACGAACUGUACUGAGCGCUCAAAGUACGGUAGGACAUAUUGGAAUUGGCGCGACAACGAGUUUCGCGAGUUCUGCUGCGAUCGUCGACACUGAACGCCCUACCACCCCUCACAGGACCUCACGCCUUAGUAGAUCUGUCACUCCAGUUCCACUGAUUGGUACAACGGGUCUUCAACGUCAGCCGAGCGUUGGUAACGUUCUCGCACGUACUUCGAGCUUUGGCUCAGCGGUUGGGCCACUCUUGCCGAGACAAUCGAGUGCGGGAAGUGACAGUAGCGCGUCAUCGCGAGCCGGAACUCCAUCGAACGCCCAACGACAACGCAGUCCCUCCGGUGGUUCUCCUUUGCAGCAUCAAAAUAGCGGUGGUGCAACUGGAAAUGGCGUACUCAGGCAAGGAUCCCAAGGCUCAUUGUUCGAACAAAUUGCUAGUCAGGCGAAAGACCUCGUGCGAGAAACCACCAGGCAAAGUAGCCAGGAUGGACUUCUCGCGCAUAUGGACAAGCUGAAACAUCAAGCGAAGGAAAAAAUCAAUGAAGCUGGGGAAGACAGUCUUUUCGCACCGUUAGAACAGGCACUAACACAACAAACAAAAAAAGCUGUCGAUGGUGCUACAAAAUCGGUUCAAGAGGCCUCCAAAUCCGCUCUUGAAGCUAGCAAAACUGCUGCUGGCGUCAGCAAAAAUACCUUCGACGAUUUGACCUACGUGGGCAAAAGCACUUUCGGCGAUUUAACGAAAAGCGCGAAAGAGGUCGCAGCGAAAAAAGGCUUACUCAAGGGACUGGGAAAAUCGCAACAAUCUCCGCCUCAUACACCAGGUUCACCGGGGAUGAUGCCACGCAAGGAUUCGAACAGUAACCAAUUGGUUGCUUCCGAUCCUCGGAGCGGACGCCGGGAUAUGGGUCGCGACUUUUUCAGUAAUGUCAGCAGCGAUCUAAACGGUAUCGCUGCUCAAACGAGCAGCAUGUUCAGCGAUCUCUUUGGAAAUAAAAAUAGUUCUAAUCGGAACGCUAGUCCGCACCCCCAGUCGCAAAAAACAAAAGAAAAGAGCCAGCCUUUCGGACCUUUCCGUAGAGGCAAAACAGGGUUGAUGGAGAAAUCGUCGUUGAUAAAACAUUCGCCAAGCAAAAGCAAUCAGGAGGAACUUCAACGGAUGCAAAAUGCUGAGAGAUCCAACACCAACAGUGACAAUCAAGCUUUUCUCACAGAUGUUGUCAAUCAAGCUUUAGCGGGUGAAGGCAUCGGGUGGUUCAAAAUAAAUCGUAUGAAGGAUCUCAUGAAGGACGAAAGUUAUAGGGAUUUCGUUGUGACAAAAUUAAACAAGGGUCUCAACAGGAAAAUCAGUCCGGAUGAUCAUAUCGACGAUGUGUGCAUCACCCGACCAAUGUACAAAGAAAUGCUAAAGUGCCUUCAAGCGGUAGCCAAUGGCUUGGCGAACUCAUACAGAAGCGACGGAUUAGGAGGAAUGGCCUCGGUUUUUCAACUCAUGGAGAUCGCUCAUACACAUUAUUGGAGCAAAAAUUUGGCUGAGGGCACCUUUGAAAGUCCCUGUCUUUAUCAGGAAAGUCCAACCGAGAGUAGAGACAAUUCAAAAUCGCCUCAGUCUCCAGGACAUCCAGAAUUUUCUGACAGCAGCCACAAAUCUUCUUCGUAUUCGCACGAUUCGCCGAAAAUUCGGCUCGAGGCGCCACGCUCGCAACAACAUUCGGGCCCUGACUCGGGACAAUCGACUACCGAAAUGUUCUUCGAUAUGUUCACGAAGAAGGGCAAACUUUUGAGCAAGCUCACCUCCUUCGAUUCUGACGGUCAAAAAAGUGCGGGGGCAGCGAGCAAUGAAACUUUGUCUUCGGAAACGAGCAGCGCGAUGGGCCAAGGAGUUUUUCGUCAUGCUCAUCAAGCUUCGAUUCGCAGUGCAGUUUCCGAUAGCGAAGUCGAUCAGAGCAAUCUUUUACGCGAAAAACAACGAACUGGGAGUGUGUGGUCGAGUAAAUCAUCUUUGACCACUGGCUUUGGAUAUCAUGGUCGUGGUUUGGUACCUUCGACUACGACACCCAGCCCGGACGCAGCAAGAACAUAUUUGUUCGAAGGUCUUCUGGGUAAAGAUCGUAUCGGACUUUGGGACCAGAUGCAAUUUUGGGAAGACGCCUUUCUCGACGCUGUUUCUCAGGAACGUGACAUGAUUGGAAUGGAUCAAGGUCCUGGAGAGAUGAUGGAACGGUACAAGAGUUUGAGCGACAGCGAGAGGCGGCGCUUAGAACACGACGAGGACAGGUUACUAUGUACACUUCUGCACAAUCUUACCGCCAUUUUGGUGAUGCUGAACGUUGAAAAGAACGAGCUGAAGCGGAAAGUACGAAGGCUUCUCGGGAAAAGUCACAUUGGGUUGAUAUACAGCCAAGAGUUGAACCAGCUGCUCGAUCAGAUUGACAAUCUCCAGCAUGGCAACGACAUCGACCUUAAACCCUUGACCUCGCGUCAAAUGCAUCGCCAAUCCUUCACCGUACACUCCGGUACCGACGCCGAUGGAGAUUUACGAUUUAUGGAAGUACGUCACGAUGGCCUCGUCCUCCGAUCCGUGAACGGCGUUAUCGUCGAGCGUUGGUGGUACGAACGCCUCGUCAACAUGACCUGCAGCCCGAAGAAUAAAGUUCUCUGCUUGUCUAGGCGAAAUGGUGAACAACUCGAAUUUCACAAUUAUUAUACAAAAAAAUGCAAGGAUCUUUACUAUUGUAUAAGAGACGCGAUAGAAAAGGCAGCAGCGCGAGGUCAUGCGAACUUGGGUGUCGAGCUCGGUGACGAGUUUCCGGUCCAGGAUAUGCGAACAGGGGAAGGUGGACUUCUCCAGGUUUGCAUUGAAGGUGUUGGUCUCCUGUUCGCCAAUAGCAAGGAUUUCGAGUUCUUUGUAAGACUAGAUCAUAUCAGCAAGUGCUUUACUCAGAAUGGUGGGAUCUUCGUUUUGGAAGAAUUCAAUCCAAAAACUAGACAAGUAAUUCAACGUAAAUAUAAGUCACCAAUGGCUCGCGAAAUUUGGUACGCAGUGACUUGUGUAUUCUCAUAUUUGUCGACUGGCAUGAAACAACGCAAAUUGGCGCAAAGCAAAGCGUUGCCACAGCCAGCAAGUACAGGCAGCGGGACUGCGGAACAAAAGCAGCAGCAGCAACAACAACAGCAACAACAUCACCAACUUCAGCAGCAACAAUCGAAUCCUCAAGGCCAUAGAACAAUGCCUGUGGACCCUUUCCAGAGUCAUCAACACUGACGAAAAGGCAGACAUUCGUUGCCCUUCGUCUACGACUCAAAUAGCUGUGUCCCAUACGCUUGUUUACCUUGGGUGUGAAAACGACAAAACAAAAAUAAAAAAAAAAAGCAAAAAAAUAUUUCAAAACAAAAAAAAUUGGAAGACUUGCGCACGGAAACGAAGGCAUCGAACGAACGUCUCGCUCACACACUUACACUAUCAGACAUUUCAUCAUUGAAAACGUCUUGAAUACUUGUCGAAAAAAUCAUCACUAUACACCCUUCGAAAGACUGUCAAACAUUCUUUUCAUCGAGAGUGCACCUCCGAGCUUGAAAACUCACGAAUAAGAGAAAAUAAGGCCAUGAGCAUUCACAAAAACAAGAAACAAUAACGUGAUCCUGUGUUCAUAAUGUACUUAACCCUCAACGGCUUCUCGGAGUAUUGUUCAUCCCCAGAGAAAAGUCUUGGCCCAAUGCCUAAUCCAUUGCAGAUCAUCAAACUUGUGUCGAUGAUUAUUCGUAUUUUUAAGUUUAAGUUUAAGUUUAAGUUAAAAAAAAAAAACAUCAGAGCUUGUGCAGCGUUCGUUAUAGAAUGCAUUAUCAUCUUCAGAGCAUCAUUUAAUAGGUGAUUAAAUUUUUACUUGAAAUAUUAAGGCCUUAUAUACGCUUGGGAUGGGCGGAAAAAUCGAAAUUUAUUUUAUUAGAUAUUCUUCAAUUACAAUGUCUGAAGAAUGUUCUCAUUAAAUUUCAUAAAGAUAGCAUUAGAUUCGUAGCUAUGGGUACUUCAACCGACCACCUCGUGCACGCGGUCGUCUAAUACUUGAAUCUUUAAACGCGAUUAUCUCAAAGUCGUCUUUUUUGAAAAAUACCUUUGCAGUGGACACAAUUACCAAAAAAUUAUUAAUCCGAUCCAUACCAAAUUUAUACCACUUAUUUAUUAUAAUAAUAUCUAGAGCCUGCAAGAAAGAUUUUGUAUUCUGUUGAUAAAAAAAAUUGUACAAGUACAUGAACAUAUGUACUAAUGAAUGUCGUUCACAGUUUCUCAAUAAACAUUUAUUUUCUUGUCGAAAAAAAAUCAAGAAAAUGACGUUUUUUCGCCCAUUGCAAGUGUAUAGAAGGCCUCAAUGACUACCGAAACUAAACUGUUUUGCAUAAGAAAUUCUUAUUGAAACUUUGUUUACUUUCCAAAUUUUAUAAUAUGUUAAUGCUUUUCAUCAGCAAACGCGAAGUUCACUCAUAUUUCAACACUUCGAGAAUAGCAACAAUUUCUUUCAAGUUUAAAUAUUUUAAUAUUUUAUCCAUUAAGGGUUUGGAAGUAUUAAAAAAACGCCAAAGUGCCCACUCCGCUGCUCUUGUAUUUACUACAUGAAAAUGUUGCCGUUAAGGGUUAAAUUUUGAUCAAUCUCGCUGUAACCCCGUUACUCAUAACAGAGUUCCUAUGACAUAAUAUUGCAUGGGUUGGUCGGUUUUCGUGUGAAAUUACCAAUUUUUUGGCUUACUGUAAAACCUUAAAUAUGUGGAGCACAAAAAUCACAAAAAUAAGACAUAGAAAGUUUGAAGUUACUCUGAUAUCUGAUGCACCAUUCAUGAUAAAUCAAAUGCACAUUGUGACAGCCAAUGGAAAAUGAAAUAGCAGUAAGAAUUUUGAAAUGGGCGUUAGUGAUUUGAGAAUGUCUCGACAUCGGAGCAUAGAACAACUGAGAACUUAUCUCUGGAAUUUUGUGAAAACCCUGCUCAGCUGGAGCUUGUGUUCGUAAUUUCAUGCGAUGAUGAGGCCAAAAAAUUUCGUUGUUCGCAUGGGAAAGAAGCGUCAACGAAAACUUCUCAACUUGUAUAUCUAAAACUGUACAGUCAUAGAUUAUUUAGUUGGAAUUGAGGAGACGAGGAGGAUACAGAGCUCAUAGAAAACCGAACAAAUUAAUUGUACAUUGCAAAUUUCAUGCUCCAUAUAUAUUUUUAAAACUGUAAUCAUGAGAGUUUCACAGAUGAAACUCGUUCAUCUUUGUAGAACGUUUGUUCUUUCAAUCACGGUCUGAGCGGAUUGUUGAGAAAAAAGAGAAAGAAUUUCUGCGGUGUAGAACGCUGCCUGCUUUAGGUAUUCGUUUUGUUAAAAAUGAAUAUAAAAAUAUGAUAUCACUAGAAACUCUAUACAUACACAUAUUUCAGAGCACUCGAGACGUUCCGAUUCAGUAAUGAAAAAAGUGCUCUUGCAAUCGUGACAUCCUAUAUUAAAGGCGAUUCGAUUUGUUUGGAUGUUUGCGUUGUAAACGCAAAUAACUCGUGUAUAGGAUGUUAAGAAUGAAACGGCAGAAUGAGGUCGCUGCAAUCCCUAUUUGAUAAUAGAGGUAAUGCGAUGAUGAAAAAUGAAAAGAAAAUAUACAAAAAAAUUGUCCGAUUGACGGAUUAACUAGUAAACUUUAAUCGGUUAAAACCAAUCGAUAAUUCUCUGAUAAUCGAUAAGAAUGUCUUUGCUUAGUGCCACACACGUUUAGACAAUAUUUAACAAUCGUUAUGAGUCGUGAAGCAAGAGCAAUAUAUGAUGAGCGCAGGAUGGAUUUAGAACAAUUUAGACCCCUUACUUUUAUAGAAGUCUAAUUACCCGCAGAAAAUAUAUUUAGAUUUCUGCAGUA